AUGCCCGAAGGGCUCGAGAUAGACCACUCGAAACCGCUGAAUGGCACCAUGGCAGCAUACGCCGAACAAGUACUGAUAUGUACCGGAAAAGACGACUGGAUGAGCAAAAUUGAGGAAGAGAAUUCCGGCGAUAACCUGGCUGCGGACAUAAAAGAAUUGCUAGGGCGCGGCGGAGUAUAUUCCGACCCAUAUCACAACGUCGCCGUCGCGAAUGCAUCAUUUCCCAGUUCAGUACCGAAAAGAGAAGAAGUCCAAACUACCUCCGUCUACCUCCUCCCCUCCUUCAAAUAUAUCCCGUUCCUCCCGCGUGUGUCGUUUGAUUCCGUCCAAGCGCUCGUGAAAGGCUAUAUCCUCCCCACGAAACUUAAUCCAGCCAAUGAGGGUCUCUCGCCUAUCCACCGCGACCGCCUUCUCCGUAGCGAAGAACAGCAACAGUUCCUAUACGGUGUGCAAGAUGUCAAGGAUGUGAUGGUGUUGAUCUGUGGCCACGGGGGCAGGGAUAUGAGAUGUGGGAUCACGGGUCCAAUCUUGAGAGACGAAUUUGAGAAAUUCCUGCCACGGGUGGGUCUGUCGGUUCAGAAGGCCGCGGUGGAGAUUUCUCAAGGGGAGAACGGAGAAGCUGUGACGAGCCCGGGACCUGAGGAACCAGCGAGGACGGCGAGAGUAGGACUGAUCAGUCAUAUUGGGGGCCAUAAAUUCGCGGGGAAUGUGAUAGUGUAUCUACCACCCGGGAUGAAGACCGCGGACGGAGAGAAGCAUCCGUUAGAGGGAUGUGGGAUUUGGUAUGGCCGGGUGGAACCGAAGCACGUUCAGGGCAUCGUGGAGGAGACGGUGCUUGGAGGAAAAGUCAUCGAGGAACACUUCCGGGGAGGCAUCACGCGCGACCGGGAGAUAUUGAGGCUCUGA